AUGGUCAAUGCUUUUCCAUCUCAACUGGUUAAAAGGCAGACUUCAUUUGGGAAUUGUCCAGGAUUUGAAAAUGGUCCAGCUAUCACUGAUGUAACACUUAAUCCUGAUCCUCCAAAAGCUAAUUCUCAGGUAGAGGUUAAAGGUUCAGCAAAUACCAAUAACGAUAUUGUUAGUGGCACUUUCUUCGGUUUUGAAAUUCUCAAUGAUACUCAUAAAAUAUUCUCCAAUGCUAGAGGCAUUUGCGAUCAAGUAAAUUGUCAAAUUAAAGUGUUUGAUUUUGACGAGAAAUAUGAUUUAGAAUAUUUGCCUUCAUCAUACCAAGUUGCAGUUUUUAUUGGUCCGGAUCCAAAUAAUAUUUUAGCUUGUGGAAUGGCUCAA